AUGGCUUCCUUCUGUGGCAACGACGAGGACCUGACUCUCCCCAGAGCUGCUGUCCACAAGAUGAUCAAAGAGACGUUCCCCAACGUCCGGGUGGCCAGCGAGGUCCGGGAGCUGGUGGUGAACUGCUGCACUGAAUUCAUUCACCUCAUCUCUUCGGAAGCCAAUGAGAUUUGCCACGAAUCGGCGAAGAAGAACAUCUCCCCAGAACAUGUCAUGCGAGCCCUAGAAAGUUUGGGCUUUGGCUCUUACAUGAGCAAAGUGAAAGAAGUCUUACAAGACUGCAAGACGGUCUCGUUAAAAAGAAGGAGGAAAGCCAGUUCUCGUCUGGAAAACCUCGGCAUUCCCGAAGAAGAGUUGCUGCGGCAGCAGCAGGAACUGUUUUCCAAAGCUAGGCAGCAACAAGCAGAACUGGCCCAGCGGGAGUGGCUUCAAAUGCAGCAAGCUGCCCAGCAAGCACAGCUCACUGCUGCCUCAGCCAGUGCGUCUAACCAGGCAGGGUCUUCUCAGGAUGAAGACGAUGAUGAUGAUGAUGCUAUCUGA